UCUCGGACAACAUAAAAAGGAAGAAAACAAAGGCUAUAGCUCUGUUGUAUAUGUCUUUUGGUCUCAAUCCUAUACUUCGUCCGUAACGAAUAGCAAAAAUUCGAACAAAAUUUGGCAUAUAAUCCAAAAAUGAUUAGCACGUGAACCCAUCUCCGGCAAGGUUGAUUCCUUUGAUCCGCUGCACCUCUGCCUCCACAUCUUCUCCGUUUCUUUCUUCUCAGCUAAACCUCAGAGGCGGCGGGACCAACUGUAUAAAUUUUGUUCUCGAAGGGUUUUGGGGUUUAUUGAUGGGUGCUCCUAAGCAAAAGUGGACAGCAGAAGAAGAAGCAGCGCUUAAAGCCGGAGUCCUUAAACAUGGGGCAGGCAAAUGGCGCACGAUACUAACAGACCCGGAGUUCAGUGGCAUCUUACAUCUACGCUCAAAUGUGGAUCUGAAGGAUAAAUGGAGAAAUAUAAAUGUGACGGCAAUAUGGGGGUCCAGGCAGAAGGCCAAACUUGCACUUAAAAGGGAUCUACCAACCCCAAAACUUGAUGACAGCCCUAUGGCACUGAGCACUGUGCCUCAGAGUGAUGCAGAAAUUGUUGAUGCUAAGCCUCUUGCAGUUUCUAGAGCAACAUUGCAGAAUGCUGAUUCAAAGGAACCAUUUGCAAGGUUGGAUAAGCUUAUAGUAGAGGCUAUUACCAAUUUGAAGGAACCGAGGGGUUCUGACAGGGCUGCAAUUGCUUUGUACAUAGAGGAACGAUACUGGGCACCACCAAACCUCAAAAAACUAUUGUCGACAAAGUUGAAGCAUAUGACAGAAAAGGGAAGAUUGAAUAAGAUAAAACAUAAGUACAAGAUGGCACCAAUUUUGACAUCUUCUGAGAAAAGAAGAAGCUCUUCAUUGUUACUCCUGGAGGAAAGGCAGAAGGAUACUUUGAGGGCACAGAAGAGAGAGAUCAAUGUUCUCACAAAAGCCCAAGUCGAUGCAGAGCUAAUGAAGAUGAAGGGUAUGACUGCACAAGAGGCUGCUGCAGCUGCUGCACAAGCAGUUGCAGAAGCAGAAGCUGCUAUCCGUGAGGCUGAAAAGGCAGCUAGGGAGGCAGAGGCUGCAGAAGCUGAAGCUGAAGCAGCACAAAUUUUUGCCAAAGCAGCAAUGAAGGCACUGAAAUGUGGAACACUUCGUGCUUGAUGAUGGAAUUUCACGUAGCAAGAGUACUGAACGUGCAUUGGGUCCAUCGUUGUACUGGUGCAGCUCCAUCUUCAGCCAAUAUGUCUAUAACUGUAAAUAUGGCUAGGCUUGUAAAUGUGGGAAAUGGGAGAUUGAUAUGUGAGUUGUGUUUGCUAUUUUUGGGAUCAUUUUGUUAAAAGUUUCAUAGAUUUUUCCAAAUUUUGGAGCUGAAGUGUGAGAAGUAAAAGACCACCAAAAGAAAUACAUAUAGGGACUUCAGUUGGCGAGUUAAAUAUGUAUUCCAGAUGUCCUUGCGACUGUCAUUUUAACCAAUGAAAGAGUCAAUGAAGAAAAGAAUCAUUUUCAA